AUGACCAGUCGAAUAUUGUAUACAAUUUGUUUAUCAUUACUUUCGAUGUGUACGGUACAUAGUAUGACAUCGGAAGAGAAGGAUCAACUUCGUCUACAAGUGAUUGACAUGUUCAAACAUGGGUAUAAUUCUUAUAUGAAAUAUGCAUUUCCAGCGGAUGAGUUGAUGCCAUUAAGUUGUAAGGGGAGAUACCGAGGCUCGGAACCAUCCCGUGGUGAUAUCGACGACGCUCUUGGCAAUUUUUCCUUAACACUAGUUGAUAGUUUGGAUACUUUAGCGGUGAUGGGAAUGUUCGAUGAAUUUGAACAUGCCGUUCGUCAAGUUAUCCAAUAUGUCUCAUUUGAUCGUGAUGUUAUUGUUUCGGUUUUUGAAACAAAUAUUCGAAUGAUUGGUGGUCUUCUCGGUGGUCAUAUAUGUGCGAAAUACAUACAUGCACGUCACCCAUCCCAUCUAUCUUGGUAUCGCGAUGAACUCUUAGUACUUGCGCAUGAUUUAGGCAUUCGUUUACUACCAGCAUUUAAUACUACAAGUGGCUUGCCAUUACCACGUGUUAAUCUUCGUUAUGGAAUCGAUUUAACUUUAUCAAAAAGUGAUCAGGAACGAUUUACAUGUACAGCAUGUGCUGGUACAUUGAUUUUGGAAUGGGCGACUCUAUCACGUUUGACUGGCAAUCAUCUAUUCGAACAAUAUGCUGAUCGGGCCAUGUCAUAUUUAUGGGAGCGACGGCAUCGACAAUCGAAUUUAAUGGGAACAAUUCUCAAUGUUCAUUCAGGUGAUUGGAUCGUUCGUGAAUCGGGUAUUGGUGCCGGUAUUGAUUCUUAUUAUGAAUAUUUGUUCAAAGCUUAUGUUCUUCUUGGCGAGAAAAACAAUGAUUACUUGUCUCGAUUUGAGGAACAUUAUUCAUCGAUUAUGUCUUAUGUUCAACGCGGUGUUGCGAUGGUUAAUGUUCAUAUGCAUCAACCAUAUCGUUCGACGAAAAAUCACAUGGAUGCUUUAUUGGCAUUCUGGCCUGGCUUACAAGUCAUGGCAGGUGAUAUAAAAUCAGCUAUUGAAAUGCACGAAAUGUUGUAUCAAGUCGUGCAAAAACAUAAGUUUUUACCGGAAGCAUUCACAACCGAUUAUGGAAUACAUUGGAAAUCGCAUCCAUUAAGACCGGAAUUUGUUGAAUCAACAUAUUUUCUCUAUAAAGCUACGGGCGAUCCACAUUACCUGGAAGUUGGUCGAACAAUUCUGACUAACCUCGAAGAGCAUACUCGUGUUCCGUGUGGAUAUGCUGCUCUCUCAGAUGUCUCAACUGUUCAAAAAGAAGAUCGAAUGGAUUCAUUCGUCUUAGCCGAAACAUUCAAAUAUCUAUAUUUGCUGUUCGAUUCGAUUCCACAUCGUUAUAUCGAUAUUGAUCAAUUUCUAUUCACAACUGAGGCACAUCUUCUUCCACUGAAUUUGCUGUUAUUUAAUAUCAAUGAUACGUUAAAAACGGAGUUUAAUCGACUUACAUUGAAGUCGAUCGAACAAUAUGAACCAAGAAAUGUAUCAAUGAGUGAACGAUUGAACGAACGCAAAGCGAAAAGUUACCAAUGUCCGGCGAUGGAUGAUCAAUUUCAAUCACAUCAAUACAAAGAGAAUCUAAGACAAAAUGUGCGCGGCAAUCAAGAUAUGACAGAAGCCAUUACCGCAGCAUCGAAAAACAUGGAAAAACGAAAUAAUAACGCUUCUAAUCGUCGUUUAACGGCUGCUGAAUUCUCACCCGACGAUCCUGUUCAUAUCAUUCAACUGAAAGAAAUGGGAAUCCAACUUCAAUCGUUGCCCGAUGGCCAAAUUCAACUAAUACACAUAGCAUCCACAGCACAAUCGCUCAACGACGCAGAAGACGGUCUGCAUUUUAUGCAAGAGAUGAUCGACUUCAUGAAACAUACCAACGCCAAUGAAAAUUCUCCCUUACAUCGUAUACCAUUAAGUGUCAUACCAAUAUCGAUACCAUCAUCCAAAAUAGCAUUUGAUUUUCCUGUUUCUACUGCACAGUUUGGCAAACAGUUACAUGGAACUCAAGGAAUCUUUGCUCAAUUGUAUGUUGUUCAACCAUUUUCUGCCUGUUCACAAAUUUUAUUCUCUCCACAUGUUCAUUCUCGUGUUGGGAUAAUCCGUCGUGGCGAUUGCAUGUUUAUAGAUAAAGCUCGUUCUCUCGAACAUGCAAAUGCUAUUGGUGGCAUUGUCAUCGACCACAAUCUUUCACUAGCAUCUUCGACUGGUUCGAUAUUUUCCAUGACCGGUGAUGGAAAUAACAAUGUACAUAUUCCUCUCGUACUCAUGUUCAAAGAUGAAGCAUUUCAACUCUUACAUCUCCUCUCGAAACAGCCAUACUUGAUCAUUUAUAUUGGAGAUGGAAAUUAUCUUGCUGAAAGUUUUUAUGCACAGAUUGAUUACAUUGAAAGUUUAGUAGAUGCUUCGAAGCGAAUAAAUCGACGAUGGACUUAUGGACAACAUGAAAUGAUUGACCAAAAGAAACAAUGUUUGGUUAUAUCAGAAAAGUUGAUAAGAUUCGAAACAAGGAUUAAACAAUAUGUGACUCGUACAAAUAACAAGUCAUUAUCAGAAAUCUCCUCCAAUACUACAAUGGAUACUUAUCGUGCGGCCUUAGAUAGAUUAAUCAAAUCAGUAAGCUCGGAUGCUGAACAAAUACCAUCGUCCAAUUCAACUCAACAAUCACAUGAUAAGCUGUACGAAACUGUCUCAGAUUCUAAGAAUGAGCCUUGA